CUAUUUGACAAGUAUCCACACUUGCGAGUACCUACUGAGUUCAUCUUGCUAAAGCAAGGGAAGACUUUAGAUAAACAUUGCAUGAAACGCGAAAAAGGUAGCUUGAUUAAUAAGGCUCCACCUUGUACUAAGGAGGAUUUACAGUCUUUAGUCCGUUACGUGUACAGCACAGCACGCGUGCACGCCGACUACCAAGACUCAGCACUCGCGUGCUUAUGUGGCACUGCUUUGGCCGAUCUUCGGACCUAG